CCGCCUGGGCUCCAGCGCGCCUUCCACGAGCCUAGCGGAGUCUUCGCCUCUCACUUUGAACGUCGGACCUCACCUCGCUCGAAAUGGACCCCAACUGCUCCUGCGCCACGGGCGACUCCUGCGCCUGUGCCAGCUCCUGCAAAUGCAAAGAGUGCAAAUGCACCUCCUGCAAGAAGAGCUGCUGCUCCUGCUGCCCCGCGGGCUGUGCCAAGUGUGCCCAGGGCUGCAUCUGCAAAGGGGCAUCGGACAAGUGCAGCUGCUGCGCCUGACGCCCCUAGAGCCCGGCUCCCAGAUGUAAAUAGUGCACUGUGUACAAACCUGGAUUUUUUUUUCCUACGAGCCUCAUUUGCUACAUUCCUUUUUCUAUGAGAGAUGUGAAUGACAAUAAACCCAUUCAGACUUUC